AAUCACCUACUAAUGCAACUGUGUAAAGUUUUUGUCGUUUACGUAAUGUGCAUAUUUUAUUAUAUUCAGAAGUUUUUCAGUACAGGCACAGAUGUGAUAUGUUGAACAGUUUUCACAUAUACCAACGCUCUGUAUGUACCUUCGUAACGUUGGUCACGUACAAGGCACACGGUGAUACUAGCCAGAGUACCAACAUCGACAUUACGUUCAUUUUGUAUCAUUGAAUGACAUUCCUUGAACUCCAGUUUCUUUAAUUUCUACAUAGCUUUGAACGUCAUACGAGUAUAAAGUUUGCAUAAUAUAAUCAUAGUAUAGGGAGACGUAUUCAAGUAGAUAAAUAUAGUUUCCAACAAGACUAUUGUCAUCGAAAGUAUCUUGUGAAAAUAUUGGAUGUAGAACCGCGAUAACUCAACAGGAAACCAAUUAUUUUAAUUAGUGCUCUCAUAUUCAAAAUUUGAAUUGUUAAACUCGAAUGUAGGUACUAGUGCAUACAUUUUCCAAUUAUUUGUACUAAUUUGCAGGUUCGGGCUAUUGGCAUUUGUGAUCCAUCAGUAAUGCCAACACAUUCAUUAGAAAUGCUCUUUGAAUUGUGAAAGGAGCGAUCAAAGGGAAGGCAGUAGUAGUGUGCAUUGAUUUAUGUAUAACAAUUUACAAUACACGUCGCUGAUGGAUGUGAUUUAUAUCCAUUAGAACAUAUAUUUGAAAGAAGUUUAGUAAUUCAGGGUUGAGUUAAUUUGAGUCCAUUGGUUUCGCUGUGACAGGCUGAAGUAAGGUUAUCUGCAUGCUUCGGAAUUUCUAUUCAUUUAUUACAGUUCGUAAAUUUAUAGGUUGCAGUGAUAAAUAUGUUUCGGUCUUUAUUGGGUAUUAUUUUAUGGUAUUUAAGGCCUCUAAUGAAGUGGUUUUUGAGAAAAACGACAAGAUUGUGUGAGCUGCAGAGACUAUGUUAUGGUGAAAAAGCUGGUGCUCCUAGAUCUCUUCGCGUCGAGAAUUCGCUUCUUCAGUCCAGGUCUGGUGAUAUAAAGAACCUCAUCGUGUUUUUGGAUAGAAUCAGUGAUGGCAGGAAGUUCAUAGGCACGAACAAAGAUAGUAUAACUCAUUAUGCCAUCCACACUGUGUUGAGGGUAAAAAAGAUAAAUCCACAAAUCCAUCCCCAGUUUGGGAUAUCUUUCGCAAAGUGCAUUGAACAUAUAUGGGGAUAUCGUCAGUUGAUUCAAGAAGUGGAAGUGCUUCGUACUACUCCGUAUGAUGCCAACAACGAAAGUCAUGAAACUAAAUUGUUGACCUUAUGGGAACUUAUGAUGCCAUCAGUUCAGCUUGAAUCAAGAGUCACCAAACAGUGGCAAGACAUUGGUUUUCAAGGUGAUGAUCCAAAAACAGACUUCAGGGGUAUGGGACUUCUGGGACUGGAGAAUCUGUUGUAUUUUGCACAAGAAUAUCCUGGUCCUGCCAGUCAUGUGCUCUCACAUUCUCAUCAUCCUCAGUAUGGCUAUGCAUUUGCAGUAGUGGGCAUAAAUCUAACCAGCAUGGCAUAUCAUAUGCUGAAGGAUGGGUCUGCAAAAUCUCAUGUUUACAAUGUUUCACAAGGGCUACCAACUAUAAAAGUUUUCCACCACUUUUAUUGUUACUUGUUCUAUGAGUUUGACAGAUUUUGGAUUGAAGCAAAGCCUCGUAAUGUAAUGGAUUUUUCACAUAUAAGAGAGAAAUUUGAAAAUACUAUUCGUUUGUCACUUUCUAAACCUGCGUCCGUAUUUAGGAUAAAUAUAUCCAUUGAUAAUAUAUAAACAUUUCAGUGCAAUUGGUGUUUUUUGUGAUCUUACAGUAUUUUACACACACACUGGGCACUGGAUAUUGGAUCAGGGCUGCCUACAUAAAGGUACCCAGAUGUGUCUUAUUUGUUUCGCAGUUGUAUUAUUAUUUAUUGUGUUUGAAUAUACACUGGGACCAACAUUUCAAUUGUUGCUAAUGCUGUUGCAUAUUCAAAUUUGAAAGGUGUCUGUAUGUUUGGUGGAUUUAGAUUUUAUUUAUAUGUCAAGAAAUAUCAAUCUCUGACCUAUAUCUGAGGAAGAACGUGUUAAUGGAGUUGAAGCUCGUAAAUAUUUCACUGUUGCGUAGUAUCUUUUGGAAACGUUUAAUUCCACGUAAGAACGCUACAAGCAGAAAGUAUGCCCUGGUACAUUUUAGCAAUGCUGCAGAAUAUGGCUUCAAUUUUUAAGGACUGUUUUCCACUCGUCAGCGUGUGUCGUCCAUUUCUUUUGUAAAAUCUAAUUGUAUAUGAUAGAAGUCAAAACAGAUGGUUAAAAACUGGCCAAAGUGUGUAGAAUUAUUGAUGUCAUGCAUGUUAAAGUUCACCGUUACAAAUAGAGUGUCUUUCUGAAGCUCACAUGUAUUGCUUAUUGUGAUGGAGGUGUGUAUGAGCCAUUUUAUCUCAUAAUUUAUGUACACCUGAGCUUGUAAUUAGAUUUAAUGUUGGCGGCUGUUCUUUCAGUUUUUCUGCCAGCACAUAGUGACUUACUAAUUAGCGUAAGUGUUCAAAACUUAUGUUGUAAUAUGUUUCCAAUACCUGAAAGUUGUUAUAUGUAACCUAAAUAUGAUGAAUAGCAGCACAUUAUUAUGUGUGUCCUACUAAUAAAGCCUACCUCAAGCAUGUGCGUUGGCAGCUGUUCAGAUGUGUUCACUUGUAGGGAUAUUAAUUAUAUGAAAUUUAAAAUCUGCUUUAUGCUCACUGCCUUAGUUAGCACAGACUUUGUCAUUUCAUUCACAUUUAGCAGCAUUUAAGUUGUGAAAUUCUGUUGCAGUGACCGAAAGGUCAAAGCUAGUGUAGUAUUUAAGAAACUGGUUUCUACGUCUGCAUAAACACUAUAUUUAUUAUGAAAGUCUGUUCUUCUGUAAUGUAAAGAAGUUAAGUUAUUGAAACAAGCAAUAAAAAUACAGGUGAUUUUUAAUAGACAUGGAGGUUGCAUUUCUAAAAAUUAUUGUGUAUAUAUAUAUAUAAAAAUGCAUGUGGAUUUUCUGAGUGAUACACCACGAGAGGCCUUAAUUUGUAGUCUCCAAAGUCAAUGUGGGGUGAUUCAGAUAAACUGCAUGCACAAUUCAGUAGGCCAUCAUGGCAGCAAUUACCAUGACCACAGAUAUGAUAUUGAUGCUCCUCGUGGUACUGAAGUGAAACUGUGUGUAGUGAAAGCAUGUAUAAUGAGAGUCACCUGUAGUUGUCAUUGUGCUAUGAAGAUAGAAAUAAAUUGUGCAAAUGUUCUCAUACUUUC